AACAGAAAAGUUUAAUAAACAGCGGACCGAGGGCUGGCUGCGGCGGGCCGGGAGCGAGCUGGGGUACGGCGGCCUCACCUGUCCCCUCUCAGCGGCGGCGAGUGGCGGCAGCGGCAGCAGCAGCGCGUCGGGCGGAUUGCUGGCGGCCCCACAGUACUCAGCACUCAGCAUAUUCCACAGAGUUGUCUGCAGAGACCUUAGGUAGUCUACCACUACUUACCUGGUCAGGUGUGCAACAGAAGAACAUGGCUCAAGAAACUAAUCAUAGCCAAGUGCCUAUGCUUUGCUCCACUGGCUGCGGAUUUUAUGGAAAUCCUCGUACAAAUGGCAUGUGCUCAGUAUGCUAUAAAGAACAUCUUCAGAGACAGAACAGUAGCAAUGGUAGAAUAAGCCCACCUGCAGCUUCUGUGAGCAGUCUUUCCGAAUCAUUACCAGUCCAGUGUACAGAUGGCAGUGUCCCAGAUGCUCAGUCAACAUUAGACUCUACGUCUUCAUCUCUGCAGCCAGGCCCUGUAUCAAAUCAGUCACUUUUAUCAGAAUCCGUAGCACCUUCCCAAGUGGACAGUACAUCUGUGGACAAAGCAGUACUUGAAACAGAAGAUCUGCAAGGACCCAGAGCAGAGGGCCUUGUUCCUCUUGAAUGUGAUCCUCCAUCUUCAGUAUCAGACACCACACAGCAGUCAUCUGAAGAGCAAAGCAAGUCUCUUGAAAAACCAAAACAAAAAAAGAAUCGCUGUUUCAUGUGCAGGAAGAAAGUGGGACUUACUGGAUUUGAAUGCCGGUGUGGAAAUGUUUACUGUGGUGUGCACCGUUACUCAGAUGUACACAAUUGCUCUUAUAAUUACAAAGCUGAUGCUGCUGAGAAAAUCAGAAAAGAAAAUCCAGUAGUUGUUGGUGAAAAGAUCCAGAAGAUUUGAACUCCUGCUGGAAUACAAAAUCCUUUGACCAUCUGCAAACUAAAAAUUGACUUGAGGUUUUUUUUUUUCCUAGUCCUUGGGAAUGUAGAGCACCAAUUCUUGCAUAGACCUUUGAAUCAUGCAUGUCAUCAGAAGAAUAGAUUUUUGGUUUUGUUUUGAAAAUGACUCUGAACAUUUUAUUUCCAUUGCAGUUUCUGUGGCUGAAAAGAAGUAUUAUCCUUUUAAGAUCAUUUUAAUUUUAGUUGAGUGCAGAGGGCUUUUAUAACAUGUCGAGAAAUUUUGGAGGGCUGUGAUUUUUCCAGUAUUAAACAUGCAUGCAUUAAUCUUGCAGUUUAUUUCUCAUUGUGUGCGUAUAUAUAGCUUUUCUCUGCAGCACGAUUCCCUUUGGAUAAAGCCCUUCUGGGCACAACUAGUUACCAGUAACUGAAUGUAUCUUAAUCAUUAUGGCUGCUUCUCUUUUUUUCAUUAACAAAGGUUAUACAUAUGUUAGCAUAUAGUUUCUUUGCACCCACUAUUUAUGUCUGAAUCAUUUGUCACAGGAGAGUACGUGCUGACAAGUUUUGUUUUGGAGGUGGGCUUUUGUUUUGGUUUUUUUUUUUUGGAGCAAGGGAAGGAAAAGCUGAAUGCGUUUCACUGCUGACUGCAAGUUUCUUUCAGAUUACUGUUCAUUGGUCUGUGUGCACACAAUAUAAAGAAUGAUCUGAAGUAAUUGUGCUGUAUUUAUGUUUAUUCACUAGUCUUUGAUUAAAUAAAAAGGAAAACCAGAAUGUUCUUAUGUUA